CCUUCCUCCGCUCGACAAGCGACUGCAGAGGAGGCAGAUGCCGACUGAGAGCCACUGCCUGUGGAUACUCUCUCCGAAUAGCACAGCAGACGUUAUCGUCCCCCUCACCCUCCCCCAUGACUUCACGGAUGAAGCCAAGAGGACCCAUGAGGUGGGGGUAGUUUGAAUAUUUUGGGUUUUUUUUUUUUGCGUCAAAUCAAGAGCUCCCUUGGACUUGGAAUACCGGGCAUCGGUCGAAAGAAAAAAAAGAAAAAAGCUCCCCACUCCGCUGCCUCUGCUGCUGCAGCUUGUCUCUUUGCUUUGGAAUAUACAUGCGCCAAACCAUGGAGAAUAUAUGACAUGGAUUUAUGUUUUUUAUUUUCUAACAACCAACGCAAGCAAGGUGGCCCUUUUCUCCUCUUUUGUUUUUCUUUCCUUUCCCCUUUUCUGUUGAUCUUUUCUGUGCUUUCCUUUCGACUCAUGCUUACUUUAUGAUUUUACGCCCCUAUAGUCACCCUUGUUUUUUUGGUUUUGCUUUAAUUUCCUUAUUAAUAUAUAUAUUUUUCAAAUUUACUCAUGGGAUUCUCACCAAGAACAUUUGUGUGGAGAAGAUUCCGGAGCUGCAUCCUGAUUAAAUGAAUGAAUGAGUGAUCGUCUAUCUCGCUGCCUGCACCUGAGACGUGCCAUGGAUGAGAAACUUAAUUUGGAUCCACGGAAACGUUCGGGGAUUACUCGUUACAUCAAAUAACUACUUCUGACAACGAUCAGGACGAAUGUCAUAGGAUGAACACUGCUGGCGGGGCGUAUCUGUCUGUGCUGUCCUCUCUCCUGGCUGUGCUCGGGGCCCUGGCUGCUGCGUCUGCCCUCGCUCUGGCUCCUCUGUCCGCCCUGGCCCAUGUUGCCUACGGGGCCUCCGACGUCAUCCCCAGCGCCGGGGUAGCCGGACCCCCGUCGCCCAUCUCGUGCUCCAGCUUGGUGGCCGGGGUGCUCUAUGGCUCUUUCUCCCUAAGGGAGCUUUUCCCCUCCAGGGCUCCGGGGUGCUCCUGGUCCCUGGAGAACCCGGACCCCACCAAGUAUUCCCUCUACCUCCGCUUCAACCGCCACCCAUCCAUCUGCCGGACGCAUUCCCCCAUGCUGCUUUCCCUUGAUCACCAUCUGGCCAAUCAAAGUUGUCCGCUUCACUUAGAGGCGGCCUUGGCCCGAGAUCAGGAAGUCAUUGAUCUCUGUAGGAGCCAGUCCAAUGAGGAUGCUCCUUAUUCCUUCCUGCAGUUUGAUAAGAACUUCGUCCAACUAUGUCUCAGCAGACAUCCGGCCGCCGACGAACCUCAGGUAUCCAAGGAUUUACUGGAAAUGAGGCUGGUGGAGGUGCUACUCAUCAACAACGAGAACUCGAGUCAGUUCACCUGCGGCGUGCUCUGCCGAUGGUUUGAGGAAUGUUUACGAACGGGUUACCACAAGGAAGAGGGUGUUCCGACCCGGGACGGUUGCGGAUUGACGCAAACGGGCUGCAUCUGUCCCAAUCACAACAUCAUGCCGGCUUCUAUCCCACUGAUACCCGAGACGCCUCACAGUUUCAGCAAUGGCUCGGCGGUUCCCGAUGACUGCUGCGUUACUGAGCUGCAUUCCAACGACGCCAUCGCCAUCGCGCCCAGAGAUGUCCGACAAGACCCAGAUGAUGAUGACUUGAAGGUGAAGACGCAAAGACCAAGAUCAGCUGACCAGCCAGGUGUGUUUCAGGCACAAACAGGUGACCCUGCAGCUGAGGAAUGGUCUCAGUGGAGCGUGUGUUCUCUAACAUGCGGACACGGCUGGCAAGUGCGAACACGCUCCUGCGUGUCGUCCCCUUACAGCACUCUGUGCAGCGGUGCCCUCCGAGAGACACGCAUGUGCAACAAUACAGCUUCCUGUCCGGGCGAACCCGGGAUAAUAUCCUCAGUGCAUGGACUGUGGCACGAGUGGUCCUCGUGGAGCCUGUGCUCUGUGACAUGUGGGCGGGGCUCCAGGACUCGAAGCAGGAAGUGUGUGAACGAAGGUGGGGCCGUGCCUUGCGGAUGGCCCGAGACUCAGACCAAACUCUGCAACAUUGCAGUGUGUCCUGUGGAGGGAAAAUGGUUGGAGUGGGGCCCGUGGUCAAGAUGCAGCGUCUCCUGUAACACGGGCACCCAGCAAAGGCAGAGACGUUGCAGCGUGUCCGUGCACGGCUGGGCCGAAUGUAAAGGCCCCCAUCAAGAAAGCAGAGAUUGCACCAACCCGUCAUGCACUGGUGGGGGUAACUGGGGCAACUGGAACCAUUGGAGCCUCUGCAGCAAGACAUGUGACUCUGGAUGGCAGCGGCGAUCCAGGAUGUGCGAGGGUAACGGGGAGCAAGGCUACCCGUGUCAAGGCUCGGCGGAGGAGGUUCGCUCGUGCAACGAACAGAAAUGCCCCGCUCCUCAUGAGAUUUGUAAAGACGAGAACCUCCUCAUGAUGUCGUGGAGGAGAGCCUCAGCUGGAGAGAUUGUUUAUAACAAGUGUCCAACAAACGCUACUGGAUCUGCUAGUCGUCGUUGCAUGCUGGACAAUAAUGGAGUUGCUUUCUGGGGUCCUCCGAGCUUCGCCAGAUGCAUCUCAGUUGAUUAUGGAUAUUUACAUAUAUCUUUACGAGAGCAUCUCGCGAAGGGUCAGAGGACCCUGGCUGGUGAGGGCAUGUCUCAGAUCGUAAGAAGUCUCCUGGAGCUCUUGCGGAGGAGGAGCUACUACAGUGGCGACCUUCUCUUUUCCACGGAGAUCUUGCGAAAUGUGACGGACACCUUCAAAAGAGCAACCUACAUCCCAGCUCCUGACGACGUGCAGAAAUUCUUCCAGAUAAUCAGCCAUAUGUUGGACAUGGAAAAUUUAGACAAGUGGGAUGACGUACACCAGGUCGCCCCUGGUGCCGCGUUGUUAAUGAGAAUUAUAGAAGAUUUCAUUCAUCUCAUCGGUGAAGCCCAGAAGCCUUUUCAAAGUUUUUUGGUGGUUACAAACAACCUUAUGAUAACAAUCCAGAGAGAGCCCGUGUCAGCGGUUUCCAGUGAUAUUAACUUCCCCAUGAAGGGCCGGAGGGGGAUGAAGGACUGGGCCAGAACAGCGGAGGACAAGCUCUUCAUCCCCAAGGAAGUCUUUACUGUAUCAAAUGAAGAGGCGGAGACGGAUUCGGAGACAACGAUGUAUUAUGUCAUCGGCGCCAUCUUGUACAGGACUUUGGGCAAUAUUUUACCGGCACCAAACCAACCCGCGGUGAUCAAUUCCAAGAUCCUGACGGUGACAGUGCGACCAGAGUUGCACCCAAGUGAUCCUGUGGUGGUGGUGGAGCUCGCUACACUUUUCAACGGUACAUCCGAUUCUCAGUGUGUGGUGUGGGACUACGGCAACCCGGAAGCUGGCGCUGAAAACUGGGGCACCGAAGGCUGCCAAACGCUCACAUCAACCACUGUCCAAACCAAAUGCCUGUGCAGCAGGAUCUCCACCUACGCUGUGUUAGCGCAGCAAGCUAAAGAGCCGGAAAUGGGUCCCACCAGCAUGCCCUCGGUGCCCCUCAUGGUGGGCUGUGGGGUCUCCUGCUCUGCUCUGCUCAUCCUGCUUCUUAUCUACGCUGCCUUCUGGAGGUAUAUACGCUCGGAGAGGUCCAUUAUCCUGGUGAAUUUUUGCCUUUCCAUACUGGCCUCCAAUUUAUUGAUUCUGGUGGGACAAUCACAAACACUUAGCAAGGGCCUAUGUACCGUGACUGCUGCCUUUCUCCAUUUCUUCUUCUUGGCCUCGUUCUGCUGGGUGCUGACGGAAGCUUGGCAGUCCUACCUGGCGGUCAUCGGCAAAAUGAGGUCGCGACUCAUUCGCAAGCGCUUUCUGUGCCUCGGCUGGGGUCUUCCAGCCUUAGUUGUAGCUGUGUCGGUCGGGUUCACUAGAGCGAGAGGUUACGGCACCGCCAGCUAUUGCUGGUUGUCCCUUGAGGGAGGUUUGCUUUACGCCUUUGUUGGACCUGCUGCUGUCAUAGUAUUGGUGAAUAUGCUCAUUGGAAUCGUGGUGUUUAACAAGCUCAUGUCUCGAGACGGCAUCUCCGACAAGUCAAAAAAGCAGCGAGCUGGUGUCCCGGUGGAGGCGCAUAGCCGGCUUCUCCUGAAAUGCUCCAAGUGCGGCGUGAUCUCGAGCACGGCUCUCUCCAGCUCGACUGCCAGCAGCGCCAUGGCGUCUCUGUGGAGCUCCUGUGUGGUUCUUCCUCUGCUGGCCCUCACUUGGAUGUCAGCUGUGUUAGCGAUCACAGAUCGCCGCUCGACGCUUUUCCAGGUCCUCUUUGCCGUUUUCGACUCGGUUCAAGGUUUCGUAAUCAUCACCGUGCACUGCGCCAUGCGGAGAGAGGUGCAAGACGCCAUGCGCUGUCGGAUGGGAGGAUGCAAAGACGACAGCGAGAACUCGCCAGACUCAUGCAAGAAUGGACAGGUGCAGAUCAUGACCGAUUUUGAGAAGGACGUGGACUUGGCAUGCCAAACAGAGAGAGGACACCCAUUCAUUUUCAAGGAGGUGAACACCUGCAACCCCGCUACCAUCACCGGCACCUUGUCCCGGAUUUCCCUGGAUGACGACGAUGACCCCAAACUAGCCGCCCAUCAGGACGGGGGAGUCGGGGUCAACUUCAGUUCCCUGCCUGGGAACAUCCCUCCUCCCAACCUUAUUGUGCAGGUUCCGCCACUUGGAGGGCUCAAUGAACUGAGCGAGACGUCAUUGAAGAAGGAGAUGAAUGUCGAUCAGCAGAGACAACAGGCGCCACAGCGUUGCGGCGCUCCCAUCUAUUUGUGCACCGAAAGUGGCCUCGGCUGGGCGAGACCGCCCGGGUCCUCCAACACCUCCCAGGACGGGAGUGCCGGGAGCGGGGGGAGCGGUGGUGGAGGAGGUAGCGGAGGAGAGGGGGACUACAUGGUCUUACCUCGACGAACUGUCAGCAUCAAACCCCCGACGCCGUCCUCCCAAGGCCUGGGACUGGGAGGUGAAGACAAGCCUCUCAACAUCACUGUGGAGGACCCCCCUUUCCCUCCUCCCCCCUCCCCCUUGACCCUCCACCCUGCAGAGAGCGAGGCCUACCCGGCUGAUUUUGUGCCGUCCAACGUGGGCGACAUGAACAUCAACAUGAACCUGAACCGCUCCUACGGGACAAUCAAAACCCUGCCCCACGAACACAGCCACGUGAUGGCUCCGGGCGGUCUCGUACGCCCCCAUGGGGGCCACAUGCACCCUCAUGGCCAUUCCCUCCAGCUGAAGCCGGGCCAGAGGCCAUCAGUCAGACAAAUUCUGACAGGGGGAACGGCGGUGGAGAGAACCAGAACCCUGCCACGCAACUUGGGUAGCAACAAUGCCAAUGCUAGCCUCUCAGCAGGAUCCCUAGAGAGGAAAAGAGUACGAUACUCUGAGCUGGACUUUGAGAAAGUGAUGCACACUCGCAAAAGACAUUCUGAACUGUACCAUGAGCUCAACCACUCCUCCAAGUUCCACACCAUAGACAGGUAUAGCAGGGACCCAGCCAUGUCCACAUUCAAGGUUCCCCCACCCCCACCGCCAAGGCACAACACAGAACCGUCGCUCGUGCGCAGAGCUUCUUUGGUUUACAAAGAAAGUCAACGUAAGGAACUUAGGUUCCCGUGUGAUCCCAAUUGCAGUUUUGUGUCUCAUUAUCAAGUGCUCUAGAUGUAUAGCCUAUAGUUUGCCUUCCCAGUAGUGUCUUGUGUGAUAAACGUCUCGCAGCGUGGCCAUUACCUGUCAAAUAUAAAUAAAUAGGAUAUUUUUGUUGUUCAUCUAGCCCUUUGUUUUGUGCUUUUAUUGCUGUGGUAUCAUUACGUGUGGCGUGUCCAACCAUGAAGCCAUUGCAUCUCUUCCCAAGCCUGAAUUAGAGCCUCCUAACCAUUACAAGUUAGGAAUAAAUCCUAAAGACAAUCAGCCAUCCAGAUGUAUAAUCACCUCGUAAAGAAUUCCAUUCUCGCCGUAAACUCUACCAUUGGCACCAACGAGGGUAAAAUACUCUAGGUGCUGAUGAGCUUUUCUGAAAUACAUAUGGCAAAGUUUAUGGGAUUAAGAAGGCUUGAUCCAUUUUCUCUCUGGGGUAAGGUUUGAUCCAUGUGCUGACUUUAUUGAAAAGAUUGAGUGGAUACCAGAAAAUAUCCAACAGAGAAAGAUCGAGAUGUGGACACAUUUUUUCUACCUCCCCAUUCUAAUCCAAUUUUCCAACUAAGUGCACUAAGCUUAAAGUAAACUGGGCGAUAAUAAAAACCACCACAGAUCUUCAGUCUCUCUAUUUCUGCUUGUCUUCCUCUAUCCCGCCCUUACAACUCUUCACACACUCACACAGACAACCGUUUCUUUUUUUGAAGCCUGGUUGGUAAUGCUAAUAAUAUUUACCAAAUUGAUCGCUAUGGGCUGUGAGAUAAUGACUCGUCGUUACACUCAAUUAGCGCAACUGUAAAGAACCUGUAAGACGGCAGCCGCCACUUCCUCACAAAGCUCCGCAUUAACUUCAAUGAUGAAAAUCAAUCACGGGCUUUUCUGUUAAGCUCUUGAGUAAACCAAUAUUCAUACUGAUUUUGUACACAUAGUACAUAUAUAUGUAUACAUAUACACUUGCACGUAAAUACAU